AUGGGCUGCCUCACUCACCGCAGCAAAGAGGUCCGGCAAUACACCGACCAGAAAUGGGACUACAUCAACCUCGGCGACUUCAAGGCCAAGGGUUGCGGUCCCGUCUUCGCCUACAUCACCCUCUGGAUUGGCCUCAUCAUCUCACUCGCUGUCUACGGAGUCGACACCUUCACUGCCGUCCAGCUCCUCGUCUUUAAUCGAUGGUCGUCCGAAAUCGACCCGGCCAUUCCCAUUGACAUUUCAAGAUGGAUCUUCUCGGGCUGCAUCAUCCUGUCUUUCAUCAAUCUCGGCUUCGAAUGGAUCCGCGCUGCUCGAAAGAUCAAGAGAGGCAACGUUGCUGAGGUCUAUCUGGACAGCCUUGCUGUGCGCUGGGAGUCUAUUCGUCUUGGCUCGGGGCAAGGGUUCAGACGAUUCCUCGUCUUUUCGGAGCUCACAAAGAGUAAAAAGGGCGCCGAGUAUAUUGCCCUGUUUACAUACUUUAGCUUUCAAUCAUGGAUUCGUGUCAUCUUUUGCACUAGCCCACGUCAAGUCGUCAAUGCGCUCACCCUACGAUCCGUAUAUAUGGCAAAGCUCGCUGUUUCUGAGAGCUCGGUCGAGGGUUCCCUUUCCUCUUUCUUCGACAAGAUUAAGACGCUCGCGCAAUCUGAUUUUCGACAAGCUGCCAUUCUCGGAGGCAUGUGCUUUACUCUGGUCGUCUGGGUCUUUUCGGCCCUAUACUUGAUUUCCGCUACCCUGUUCUACGUCUUUUUCCUCUUUCACUGGAUUCCUCGUGACGAUGGUGGCCUCACCGGCUACUGUGAGCGAAAGGUCAACAACUCCCUGCUCAAGAUUGUCACCAAGACUGUCAACAAGGCGCUUGCCAAGGGCCAAGUCGACAGGAUGAAGGCAGCCAUGAGCGAAAAAGGCGAAGCACAUCCAGACGCCUCGCUCCCGACCUUGCCAAACCUCGGCUUCGCGGCGCCGCAGAGUGUCGGCAUGAAUCCACCUUUGCCGACCUACACCUCGAGUCCGGGCACCCCUGUCAACGACUUCAAGCGCCCAAUGCCGCAGCGAAGUAUGACGGGAGCCACCACGGCCUCGAACUACUCGGCUCGAGCUCCGUUGAUCAGUUCAGCGGCCGAUAUGGGAUACUCAAAUGGAAGGUCAGCCUCGCCAGAGGACAUGCUUCCCGCCAUGCCACAUCUUCAAAGAGCUGGAACGGGAGACUCAUUCAGAACCAGUGGCGGCGGUCGACCGGACCUGAACCAUAUGAGGACCACCUCCAAUUCCUCGUAUCGCCAGCAGCCGUUCACUGAGAGCCCUAUCAACAUGGGUUCGGCGGCAGGAUCCCCGCUGUACGCGCCAUCGGCAAGGCCCAUCCCGUCUCGAUUCGUUGACAACUACGGCGUAAACCAGCAAAUACAGGACGACAACCAAUUCCGGAGAGGCCCGCCUCCAAGGGCACACACCUUUAACAACGAGGGCCGAUCCAGCCCAGCGCCAUCUACCGCUGGGUCGACAUACUCCAGAGCACCACAGGGGCCCAUGCGAAGCGCGACAAGCUCGUCAAACCAAGUGCCUCUGCGCGGAAUGCGAUUCUCCCCUCAGCGGCAAAUGACUGAGCCAAUGUCCAAUCCCAAUCGGCCGCCACCAGCAGACAAUUCCUACCCCGGACAGCGUUUGCCGCCCAGCAUCAGACCACCGGUCCGCCAAAAUACCCAGGACUACUAUAAUGCCCCUCAGGCUCAAACGGGAGCAUCCUAUAGCUAUGAUGUUGAAGCGCAGAGCAAUGGUAGAUAUUAG